GUUUAUUUUAAAAAUGGCGGCCGGUGAGUGAAUUAUUCUUUGUGUUCAUUGAAUCUUGAGAUUUCUCCAGGUUUCAUUGUUAUCCAAUGGUGUUUCGAAAGUUUUUGUAAUAUUUCUUAUUCUUUUACGUCUCUUUUUUUAAAUUUUAUCCGGGAGAAUCGCUGUAUUAUUGUCGUGACAUUAUGGUCUAACGUAAGCGAUCGCGAUCGAUAGGUCUGAAAAGCCAAACAUUGCUAUCUUGUUAUGAUUUUUGUCGAAAAAACGAGACCUGUCUCUAAUUCACGUUUAAAAGUGAGUAAAAAAACUGGUUACUUUGGUAUUCCAAAAGAAAAUUGAUCAAACUUGCAGAAUAAAGCUCCAGUUUUUUUUUUCGUGAAUCACAACAAUUCCCCAUUGUUAACUCGUUCUUCAAAGCAUACUCACUAAGUAGACUUCCGGUGCCAUGUGCUGUUUAAUUAAUUUGGAAAAUUAACAUUUUAUAUAUCAAACUAACUAGGUUCUUUCACUUUUGUAAGAGAGUUGGCCAGCCACAGUGGCAGUCGCUGCUAUUUUGAUCAUGAAAAAAGUAUUUGGUAAAAUACUACAUUACGCAUUCAGUUCUUGGAUAGAGAAAACAAUGGCAAAAAUAAUACAUUACCAUUGGGAAAAGAGAUUUGUUUUACAAUAGUAUGGGGCUUUGCGGAAAUUUUACCAAUAAUUUUUGAUAACCAGAUGACCUUUGCGGUGAGAUUGAUAUGUUAUGAAAUUUGGUCUUCAAUCCUUUGAUUAUAAAGAGUUAAAAUAUGGAUUUUCUGCACUGUGUAUCAAAGAUUUUUUUAACCCUUGCUUUUGAGAAUUAGGAGUUCAACAAAUUAUAUCCUCUUGGUUUUUUUACCUUGUCGUCAUGUCUCUACUUGAAAGUGUUCAGAUAUUCUUAGGAGAGCUUCCUUUUUGGUUAUUCCUUGGAGUGAAAGAGUUAACAAAUCACUGACAUGCUAACUUACAUUUUAGGAAGGGAUAUUGAGGAAUCCAAACCCUUUGUCAAAUUGUAGAGCACAGACAUCCUUAUGUUAUGAUUUGAUCUCUGUACAGUUCAGUUCUUAGAAUUUAGCCAGUAAUGCUGCCCUUAGGGUACAAAAAAAAUUUUUUUUUUUUUACUUUUAAUGGCACUAACCCAUCCACUGGUAUUUAGAGGGAGUCAUUAGUAAGAGUUUAUCAAUUUCUCUCUUCACUUUUGCUCCAACAAAAGGCUAAUGCUCGAAACAUCAGCUUUGAAACUCUUUACAAUGGUCAAUUUACAUUAUUAACUCAGUCACCCCCGCUGAUGCAGCACCACAGUUUCUUUAGAAACUUACCCCCUUUAUUUAUUUAAUGCUUUGGUUGUGUUGCUCUUAAACAGGCAGCCAGUGGGGUAUCAAAGCAUGGAGUCUUAUAAUCCUGACAGUUCAAAAUGCUUCUCUCAUAUUAACUAUGAGAUACACACGGACACUGCCUGGUGACAUGUACUUUUCCAGUACAGCAGUGAUGAUAACAGAGGUUGUGAAAGUAGUUACAACCAUGCUGAUUCUGCUGGCAGAAAAACGUAGCAUAGCUGAGUGGAUAAAGUAUUUAUAUUCUGUUAGUGUUGGUCAUCCUUGGGAUAUGGCGAAGAUGCUUGUGCCUGCUUGCAUUUACACUGUUCAGAAUAAUCUACUGUAUUUGGCAGUUUCCAACUUAGAUGCUGCAACAUAUCAGGUACUUAGUAUUACAACAUGUGAAGUUUCUCAGUGGUCACACAUGUUUAAAAAAUAAGUUUGGAGAAAAGGUCUUGCCUGUUCUAGAAGGUUGCCUACCAUACAGAUUACUGGUACUCAUAUAUGAAUGGAAGACUCAGGUUUCCUUUCUAUGGCAAAAUUCAUCUUGGGUUCAUGAAUCCUGCGGAAGAUUUCCCCAUUUUUUUUUUUUUUGUGCUUUUGUUUUUCAUGAAAUCCAGAAAAAAGAUUAUAAAUCCAAACACUCCUCCCUCCACAUUCAUUCAUUUGAUUAGAUUGGUUUCUCUGGGAAAAUAUUCAAGGAAUAGCAAGCAAUCUUUCUGCUGAAAAUGUGAUUCAUGGCAAUGUAUAGCAGUAAGUUAUUUCAUAGAAUCUGAUUGAAUUUCUGGCUCAGUCGUAAAAGUUCCAUCAAACUGAAUAUUUAAUUACAAAAAUCCUGGAUUAUUAAAAUUCAGUUGAAAUGUACAUGCUAUAUACAAUGUACUUGUCGAUCUUUCACCACUUUAUUUAGUGUUUCAUCACAAAGUUUAAUGAUGUAAGGGUAGAUUUUUUGUUUCUGUUUAGUUAAAAGAAACCCACUUGAUCUUGGAUCAGAAAUCAAAUCUGAUUAGUUAAGAAGAACAAUUCACAUAUGUGCUUUCAAUCCACCCCACUGCAGGUAUCUUAUCAGUUGAAGAUUCUGACAACAGCACUCUUCUCAAUUGCUAUGCUGAGUAAACCAAUUAAUAGGGUUCAGUGGCUGUCUCUGUUUAUGCUAUUUGUUGGGGUGUCUGUUGUUCAGCUACAGCCUGUUAAUGGUCCUGUGACACAAAGCUCGAAGGAAAAGCUCUCGACACAGAACACCUUGUCUAAAACACACAACCCUCUACUGGGGCUUGCCGCAGUUGUAGCUUCUAGUAUGUGCUCUGGAUUUGCAGGUAUGAGGAAAUUUUGUAGGAGAAGGAUGAUGUUAACCCUUUAAACCUUAAAAAUAAGUUUUUCAUUUUUAUUCUCCAUAUUGUUCUCUUUACAGUUUGCUAUGGUAUUGACACGGAGAAUUUGUUUGACAAUCAGUAGCUUCCUGAAUUGAGAAUCCUUUCCAUUAAUCUUGUGACCUUUUUAUUUGAUUGCUGAGGAAUGAAUAAGUUGUUUUAAAUUAACUUUAGAAUAGAUAUAAUAUUUUGUCAUUCACACUCAUUCUUUCUUUAGGUGUGUACUUUGAAAAGACCCUCAAGGGAACUGCGACACCUCUGUGGGCCAGGAACUUCCAGUUGGCCAUAUUUGGUGUCAUUAUUGGCACCAUGGGCAUGUAUAUCAAUGAUGGGAGUAAGAUCAAAGAAAAAGGCAUUUUCUUUGGUUACCACAAACUUGUCUGGCUAAUUAUUGCAAUGCAGACAUUUGGAGGUCUUUUAGUUGGCAUUGUAGUUAAGUAUGCUGAUAACAUUCUAAAAGGCUUUGCGGCAGCUGUAUCAAUUGUCGUUUCUUGUAUUGUAUCAGUUUAUUUAUUCCAAUUUAAUCUCAGUUUGCCUUUUGUAUCUGGGGCUGGUUUAGUUAUGCUUGCUACAUACUUGUAUGGGAUAGGACAGAAAUCAGCUGUUCAAAAGAAUGCCACAAAUGGCUCUAAAGAUCCUAUGAAAACUGAUUAAUUUAUAAUAUCAGGUUAUGAUAAGUGUAGUAGAAAUUUUGUGGAAAAUGCCAUUACUGGUUAUUUCUCCAUUAUUUAAUACAAAUUUCUUUAAAAUUUAUUGAAAUCUGUUUACUCUCCUUCCAUGAAAUUGGUUUUUAUUGAGCUGAAUCAUUUUGGCAAUUGUGAUGUCUUGUUUACUGAUGUGCUACAUCAUAAAAACCACUUGAUAUUGAACAUACACAGUGCUCCAAGUUGCAACCAUUUUGGUCACCACAGGGAGUUAAAAAAGAUAUUUGGUAACCAAAAUUUCAACUUAAGUUGUUAAUUGGCCACCAACAGAUUUGGAAAAAAAAAGAAAAGUGUAUAAAACAUUGUGAUCCUUGGUCAAAUUAUCAAACUGAGGGGGGCCAAAACUUUUUUUAUGGCGACCAUUUUAGAAUUGAAAGUGGCCAAUAGGUGACUUUUUAGAAAAUUGAACUUGGAGCCCUGAUACAUGUAAGCAAGUGUAUGAAUUUUCAUGCUGAUAUAGUCUUAAGAAUACAGUUAGUUUGCCAGAACUUUAAUUACAAAUAGGAACAAAAGUAGUAAAAGUAAUACUGGUUUGCCUUUUUUUCUGAUCAAGUAGCUUUAUUGUCAGAGUAAAAGAAAAAAUUUGCCAAAGAUGGCAGAGCAUAGCUAACUCUAAAGGCAAUUAAAGAACAUCACAAAGUUUGUAUAUUUGCCUUUAAUAAAAAAAACAAUGAUUGCAAUCUUACAGAAGGAUGUAGGGAAUUUGGUAAAUUACACAACAACAGGAACACUUAAAGAGCAGUCUUCAGAUUUCCUUUAAUAAUAACAUGACAGAUCUUUGAAACAUGUAAAAAUAUUGUUUUUUCAGAGUUCAAGAAACUUCUUAACAUGAGUACUAUUUGAAUGAAGUACACGGAAAGAAUACUGUAAAUGCACAAAAGAAAGUCUGAAUUAUUUGUAAUUUUAGGGAAUGUUAACCAAAAAUGAACAGUUGUAUUGACAGAAAAGAACUUCUUUUUAACAUCUUUACAAAGCACACAACGAGAAAAACAAAUCAAGUUUUCCUCUUCUAGAAAGAAACAGAGAAAUGGAAAGCAAGACUUAAGUACAAUGUUGUAAUGUUGAACAUUUUCCAGAAGUAGUUUUUUGAAGAAAAAAAGUUUUUGUUAAUUCCUGUUAGUGAGAUGACAUCUUCAUAACAUUUCAGACACUGCAAAAAAAGAAUUAAGAAAUAGUAAUUAUGUUAACACAGACAUAAAUAAUGGACUUACAUAUAGACUGCUUUUAAAUCAUCUUUUUGCAAAUUGCAUUUCACCAAUAGGGGCAACAAACAGUAAAUUCUGGAGAAGGACAUAGACACCCUCUGUCCCUGCUGAAUUAGUAAGUCUCUCUUAAAUGUACCGAUUUACAAAAACAUUUGACAGACAGAAUUUUCAUGAUGCACAAUGAGUUAAGUUUAAUACCGAAUUCUCUAGAUAAUUACAAAGACACCUUGCAGUUGGACUUAGUUACAUUGUGUUUAACUCUUGAUCAUUCGCAGUCUUUGAGCAAUAAAACUUGGCAGACCUAAGCCAAUUGGUGGUCUUUGCUAUAAAACAUAUUGCUUGCUUGCAGAGUGAUGUAAACCGCAGUAACACAUUUCAUGUAGGCUUGGACUAUUGCAUUAAGAGGUCAACUAAUUAGUAGUGACAGCACAUGCAGGCAUCCCAUGGUGUAUACCAACUUACCUCAACGGCUUUAAUAACUGAAUGGUUAGCUUAUUCAAAAAUGAUCAAAUAAAAGAAUGACC